AUGAAGCAGUAUUACGUGCUCGCCUCCUCAUUCCUCCCCCUCCCUCCCCAUCCCACCCCACCUCUUUCCUCCCAUAUCCCACCCCUCCCAGGAGGACGGCUUCCGGCCUGGGCUGGUGGGAGGGCUGCUGGCGUGCGAGCGAGUGCUGGCGAUAGUGGCAGGGCGGUACUUCACACUCGCCAUCACGCAGCACGGCCGCCUCUUCACCUGGGGCAUCCCCCCAGCAUCCAGCCCCCACCCGCCCGCCAUGUUCACGUCAACCACGCGGCGCCAGCCCGGCGGCGGGGGCAGGCACCGCGGGCUGUUGACUCUCAACUCGGCCUUCCACGCGUCCGUCCCCUCGGGCGCCUCGUCAUCCGCCGCCUUUCCUUCCGCCUUUCCCCCCAGCCUUCUCCGUGGGCCCCUCCUACGUGUCGCUCUCUGCCACGCCCGACCCCGCGUCGCUGUGCGCCGAGCGCGUGUUCGCGCAGCCGCCGUGGCGCGUGCGGGACGGCAGCGAGGCGGGGUACCUGUACGGAUGGACGGGGCCCGCGCUCGCGUACCCCAUGGCGUGGAAGCAGCCCGUUGCCCACGGCGGAAGCGCAGGGGCGGGGGCGGGGGGGGGGGAAUAAUUCCGCGGACGAGUUCGCGCUGGCGAUGCGCGUGGGGGGCGUGCUGCAGCGCGUGGGGGUGUCGACGGUGGCGGCGAGCGGGCACACCCUGGCAGUGACUCCGGGGGGCGUGGUGCUGUCGUGGGGGCGCGACUGGGACGCGCGCACGCGCCACGCGGGGCUGCUGGGGCGCGCGGACUGCGCGUUCUGGCGGCCUGCGCCGGAAGACAGCUUCCGGCCGGGGCUGCUGGCCCAGGAGCGAGUGCUGGCGAUAGUGGCAGGGCGGUACUUCACACUCGCCAUCUCGCAGCACAGCCGCCUCUUCACCUGGGGCGCCAACCUCUACUCCGGCGACGCGCCCUGGCGCCACGAGCACGACUCUGGCUUUGAUAAUGAUGCUGAUGCUGCUGCUGACGAGUUCCCAGAGAAAGCACCCGCGGGCACGGCCGGGAGCAGCAGUGAGAGGGAGGCGUGGCGAUCGUGGCUGGGAGUGGCGCUCGGGGUUCCCCUGGACCGCCCUGCUGCUGUGCGCGUGCCCCCGCAUCUGGGCUCCCAUCCUGCUGCUGGUGGUGGUGGAGGGGAGGAGGGGAGAGCGGUGGGGCCGGAGGUGCAGUCGGUGGCAGCGGCGCACCACACGACGUUUGCAAUGACGGCGGACUACAAGGCCGUGUCGUGGGGCGAGGCGGGGCCACUGCUGGGGCGAGUGUGGGGGGACGGCCAGGGGCAGGUGCCGGCGAAUCGGCCGGGGGUUGUGGGGAGUGGAGGGGGAGGAGGGGCGGCGGGAGGGGAGAGGGUGGUUGGGUUGGAUCGGCAGACGGUGGAGCAGGUGUCGGCUGGGGAGGGCUUUGCUGUGGCGAGGCUGAGCCAUGGCGUGGUGUACUCGUGGUGA